AUGAAGUCACUCUUCCUUCUCAUGUCGACAAUAGGAGCCGCAUCCGCCACUUUCUUCAGCGAGCCUACUAAAGAUCGUUAUACUGAGAAAGAUGGGCUAGCCGCAGCUGAAGUCUUGUGGAAGAACGCCACCUUUGACAACGGACUGAAUAUGACUACGAACGAUUGUGUCUACAAGCAUGUGAACACCACAAUUGUCAGCCUCUGCAACGGAGGCCACCGGAACAGAACGGUCUACAAGGAUGAGGUCAAGCGUGGCAUUGAGCAGUUGAUGAAAGAUUGUGGUGGAGGCGGUUCUUUCAACGGCGUCCAUAUUGUCAACAAUCUCACUUUUGCCGCUUUCGGAAUCUUCGCAGGUAAAAAUCUGGCAAUCGACAAGGGAAUGGAAACACUGAUCCAUGCCGCUUCCAUUACAACAGACAACGACUGUCAAGUGUUCUGCGAACAGAGCAGGACAGGGUUUUUAGGAAUCGAGCAGCCUGCGGACGGAGAGUGGGGUGACGGCCAGCCACCUGGCCUCGCGAAUGAUCUCAACACCGCCAACGAGGCCUCAGUCAGCAAUGGGAUAUCUGUGGGGGUAGAGGGUAUUCUCAAAGAAGUUUUUGGCGCAGGAGUGUCGUAUCAGUGGUCUACUACUAUCACGAAGGUCAAGGGUCUCCAACGUACAGCAGAAGCAUCUCAGGUAUUCUACGGCCGGUGGGUCGUAUUCCCGAAGUUCAUCCAAAGUUGUGGAAAGGUCACCAAAAGAACAUAUGUCCGGGACCCUGUGGUGCCUUGCGGUCCGGGGUGUAUCCCAGUUACCAAAUAACCAAGCUGUACAGGCCCGGCCGUUACCGUUGAUGCCUGCUCCAUGGUACCCUGGAUCCUUGAUGGCAAUGCUCAGGCUAUGUGGACUUAUCGGAAGUCUGUUCUAAUCUUUCCUGACACGUCCCAAUCUCCAUUUUUCAAGGCUCGACUCUGAGUUCAUACAUGCAGGUUGGGAAACAGCAGAUGGGGUACCAGUCCCAAUCGAUCAACAAAGCGCUUCAUACAAAGGGGUUUGUACGACCGUCGCAGGACCUUCCUCCGACCCUGACGGGGACAAAGAGAAUGAGUGCUACACACAGAUAAACAAUAAGCGGAUGCUAUGAUUUUGAAAAGGCAAAAUCGGAG